GGGGGAGGUGGCUGUGUCUCCAUGGCGACCCGAGACGCUCUGGGGGUGGUGAACAGGCGGCUCGAGGCUGCCAGGCAGCUGCUAGGGGGAACAAAACGCCCCGGAGGAGGAACCUGACUGGAACUUUGAAAAAAUGAGUGAUGCUGGUGAAGAAAGUUCCAGUUCCAGUGACUCAGAAACAGAGAAAAAGGAGCCUAUUUAUGCCAUACCUCCAUCAAUUAAUAUCCAAGAUGAGGGAUCCAUUGAUGUAACUGCAAGUCCUGCAUUUCAGUAUCUAGAUGAGUUAUUUUCUGCUGGAAAGCUCCCAGGCACCAGAGUUGCUGCGCUGAAGGCGAAGUACACCGCUCUGCAUGAGACUGUGAUAAGUUUACAGGAGUCAGAGAUCCAGCUGUUGCAGGAGGCGAAACAUUUCACUGUAGAAAUAGAACAGCAGAAACAGGCACUGGAAAAAGCUGAUCAGUUCCCAGAAGGAUUUACCAGUGAAGUCUCCAGGAUGAGACAGCAACUUCUUAAAUAUCAGAAUGAAUAUACUGCUAUUAAAGAAAGAGAGUAUGAACUUCAGUACAGGUUGAACAGUUUACAAGAAGACAAAAGACUCCUGCAACGGGAAUAUGAGAGAAUCCCCAAGCAAGGUGAGACAGAAAAGAAAACAAAAGUGUUGAAAGAAAACUGUGAAGAGCUCCGUAAAGAAACAAUGCAAAGGAGAAUGGAAAUUAAAGCAUUGAAGGAAGAUGUGACAUCCAAGCAAAGACUGAUGUUAAGAGAACAGAAAGAAGUAGAGGAACUUCUUGAGCAGCAGGAUGAGUUAAAAGAUGAGCUAGUCCGCCUCCAUGCUAUUCCUCUCCAGCUUGGAAAAGAUAUGGACAAGAUAAAACGCAAAACACUAGCUAUAGAGAAGAAGAAAAAAAUUCUCGUUGACCAUGUUCAGGAGUUAAAUAAUGCCCUUAAAAAAAUGGAAAAAAAGAGUGAAGAAGUAUUGGAAGAAAAGGAAGAUGUAAUGAAGGAAUUGGAUGGAAAACGAGCUUUGCUUGAAAGCAAAGAGCGAGAAUUCAACCAUUUGACAAAGUUACUAGAAAUGAGCAAAGAGAAUGAAGCAACAGCCCUGGCAGACAGGGCUGGUCUGGAAAUUGGUUUACGUAACUGUCUCUUGGAGAAGCAAAAGCAGCAUGAUAAUCUGGUUUUUAAACAAAGAGAGAAAGAUAGAGAUUUGAGAAAUUUAAAAAAGAUGGAGAUGCAACUGAAAAUCGCUUAUGAUUCCUUGGAGCAAAUUAAAUUACUGCAUGAGAGGCUCACAUUAGAGGUAGAUGCUAUCCCUAAAGAUGAUGGGACAUUGGUGGAAAGAAGAAGAGAACUUCAAAAAGAAGUUGAAAUGAAUAAGAGAAAUCUGGCCCAGGAGAAAAUGACAACAGAUGUUGAGGCCCAUAUGUUAGAACAAUGUAUUGCUGAAGAAGAUCAGCUUUUUAAGGAGCAGGAACGCUGCAGAGAUGAGUUAGCCCGUCUUGCACGCCUGACUCAGGUCAAAGCUGAUGAGAGGGAACAGAAAUCUAAGGACUCCUUAAAAGCACAGAUCCUGACCUAUCAAAAAUGUUCAAUGCUAUUUAUGUUUCAGAUAAGGCUCCACAACAUUAUUAAAGAGAUAAAAACAAAGGAACUUGAAAUAAGGGAAUAUAAGAAGAAGAAGAAAGCAAUCCAAAGGCAACUCAAAGGAUUUGCUAAAAUGUAUGACCUUAUUCGAAAUGAGAGAAACAAAUGUGUAAACCUGGUGCAGACUGCUCGCCAGAAAACAACUGAAAUUAAAGAGAGAGCAAAAAUGCUAGAGAAUGAGAUGGAAAUUUUAAGGAGCAAUGUUAUAAUUAAAGAAAGAAAACUGCAGAAAAACCUUCUGAAGCAUUCAAAUAAUAUUGCAAUCAAAGACAGCAUCCAAAGUGAUGUCUGCAAAAUUACUGCAACUCUGCAAGAGAUGAAGGAAAAAAGAGAGCAACAGUUACUGGAUGUUGACAGACUCACCAAUAUGCUCACCCACAUUGAAGAGGAAAUGGUGCAGCUACGCAAAAAAUAUGAAAGGGCUGUUCUGCGUCGAAAUGAGAGUGGUGUUUUGCUCAUAGAGCGAGAGGAAGAAGUAUGUAUUUUCUAUGAAAAAAUAAACAUUCAGGAGAUGAUGAGUAGAAAUGGUGAUAUUGAGAUGCAAGUCAUGGAUGAAAAGAUCAGAUUUCUGAAGCUGAAGCUAGCUGAGAAAAAGAGACAGAUUGAGUUGUCCCUGAAAAUGCUGCCCAUGAAGAAUGCCUUGGAUGCAGAUCUGGUGGUACUUCAAAUUCAGUAUUCUCAGUGCAAGGACAGAAUUAAAAGUCUGGAGAAACACUUUUCUGAUCCUGAGGGGAAGAACAGAAAGCGAACCCUGGAAGGAAAGGACCCAUCACUACCUGAACUGUUCAAAAAGAUUGAAGAGUUAGAAAUACAGCUGGUACAAAAGGAGGAGAAAUUGUUGGAGAAGGACUUUAUUUAUGAGCAAGUUUCACGGCUAACAGAUAGACUUUGUACCAAGACAGAGAAUGGGAAGAAAGACACGCUGAUAUUAGCAAAACGGAUGAAUGAACUACAGCAGAAAAUAAAAGAUAAAACCAAAAAGAUGAUGGCUCUCAUUGCAGAGUUAUCCAUGAAGCAAGCAAUUACCAUUAAACUGCAACAGGAAAUGAGGGAUAAAGAACAAUUUUUGCUGACUGUCUCAUCAAGGAUAGAAAAAGGUCUCCCUCCUCCUAAAGAAACAGAGAUUGAGUGGAUGAAGGUAUUGCGCAAUGAGGAGAUGCAUAAAGCUGCAGCUGAAGCUAGAGAGAAGCGUACUGCAGAAGAGGAAGAGUAUGCAUCGCCAAAUAGUGUCUAUACAACAGCAGAGCAGCGCCCCAAUGCAUACAUCCCAGAUGAUGAAAAUGUUCUCCCUUUGCCACGUCCCUAUGGUGCUUUGGCUCCUUUCAAACCAACUGAACCUGGUUCAAAUAUGAGACACAUAAGAAAACCUAUUGUUAAGCCAAUUGAAAUCUGAACAAGUGAUCCUGUUCUACCUAAACCAUAAGUCUAGUAGUAGCAAUUGAAUACGCAAAGCCAACAGCUCUUAAUAUUGUAAAUGUUUUUAAAUGUUUGCUAGCAGUUUGCCAAAAUAUUCACACUGUAAACAAAAUAUUUUUGAAGUAGACAGUAUAGCCAAAU